AUGAAUUAUACAAUUUCAGAGAAAAGCAUGAAUUUGAGGAGAAGUUAAUUGUAAAAACUAGAUUUUUCCAGUUCAGAUUCUGAAGAUUAUAGAAAGCAGCCAUAUUCUUGUAAUUAUAAUAUUUCAAAAUGAAGACGACUUUUAUACUCCUUCUGCACAUACACUUCUCUCUACAGGGUGUUCAGCAUUUAGCUCCAGUCUUUGCGGCCGACAGGUCUUCCAAAUCAAUGGAGAUGGUGAAAAAGGUCGGAGGCAUUACUGGAGGAAAUUCUGGAGACCAGAAGUCAAUAUUUUCAAACAUUCUCUCAAAUAUUGGAGCUCAAUUAGAGCAAUUGUUUGAGGAGGAUUACUCGGAGCGAAGAUUAAAGGAUAAGGUUGGGAAGCAGUAUAAUGAGGAUGAUGAAGACGAGGGUAAUAUAUCUAAUAUUGUCGUCUUCCCUUCAUGUUCAGCAUCCUCAGAGAUAUGUCAUCCAGGAGGAGAUAAUAUUGUUUGCGGUGAGCCUGCGAGGGGAGGACGGAUUGUGAACGGUGUAGACACUUCUCCAGGCCAAUAUCCUUGGACAGUUGGAAUCCAGUUUGUGGACAAACUUUACUGCGGAGGCAGUUUAAUUACAAACCUUUUUGUCCUCACAGCGGCCCACUGUUUAAAGGGGAUUAAUCAGUCUCGUUUAAAACUUGUUUUGGGAGAUCAUGACCGGAAUCUAAGGGGACCUGGUCAAACUUACAGAACCGUGGCCAACACUUUUAUACACGAUAACUUUGAGAAGAAAACUUUCAACAACGAUAUUGCGCUCAUCAAAAUGAAUUCACCGAUUGAUUUCUCCUCCCAUAUAAGACCAGUGUGCUUGCCCACUUUUGACAGAAGCUAUAACGGUCAUAAUACAACCGUAGUUGGAUGGGGGAAGUUGAGUGAGGGUGGAUCCCCAUCAGAUCUACUGCAGGAGGUUUUAGUCCCAGUUAUUCCUCAACGAAAAUGCCGCCGAAAUACAAGAUAUCACUCUAAAGAGAUCACUGAGAAUAUGUUUUGUGCUGGAUACGAUAAGGGUAAACUAGAUGCAUGUCAGGGAGAUAGUGGAGGACCUAUGGUUUGGAGGGGCGAUGAGACGAGUGCUUUCACCCAAAUAGGUGACACAAAGUUUUUUUUUUUUUAAAUUGAUGUUUUAAUUU